AUGGGGAAAGAUUAUUACAAAAUUUUGGGCAUUGAUAAAAAUGCCUCAGAAGCAGAUAUUAAGAAAGCUUAUAGAAAAAUGGCUAUGAAAUACCACCCCGAUAAAAAUAAUGAUCCAAGUGCUGAAGCAAAAUUUAAGGAGUGUGCAGAGGCAUAUGAUGUUUUAAGCGAUCCACAAAAGAAAGAAGUUUUUGAUAAAUAUGGAGAGGAAGGUUUAAAAGGUACUGGUGGAGCUCCAGGAGGAAAUGGUGGAAGCUCUGGUGGUCCAGGCUUUCAUUAUACAUUCCAAGGUGAUCCAAGAGAUAUUUUUGCACAAUUUAUGGGUGGCGAUGACAUCAUCAAUCAAUUAUUUGGUGGCUCUAUGGGGGGUAUGGGUGGUAGCUCAUUCAUGGGAGGUAUGGGUGGCAUGCCUGGUAUGAGUGGGAUGGGUGGAAUGAAUGGUUUUGCACCUGGAGGUAGUGGUGGUGGCCAUCCGAAGAAGAAAAGUGUUCAGGAUCCUCCAAUUGAAAGAGAAUUAGCUGUUUCUCUUGAAGAACUGUACAAAGGAAUUGUUAAAAAAAUUAAAAUUACUAAGAACAUUUAUCAACCUAAUGGUAGUGCAAAAGUUGAAAGUAAAGUUCUUGAAAUAAAUGUAAGACCAGGAUGGAAGGAAGGAACUAAGAUAACAUUUCAUAAAGAAGGCGAUCAAAGACCUGGUCACAUUCCAGCUGAUAUUAUUUUUGUAUUAAAACAGAAACCUCAUACACUUUAUAAAAGAGAAGGCUGUAAUAUCAUUUAUAAGGCCAAGAUAACUCUACGUGAAGCUUUACUCGGAACAGAAAUUUCCGUCCCGUUAAUUGACGGUUCUAGGGAAAAACUAAGGUUGGAACCUGUUAUUACUCCGCAAACAACUAGAAUUCUUUCUGGUAAAGGUAUGCCAGACCCAAAAAUACAAAGAAAGGGAGAUUUGGUAGUUAAAUUCGACAUUCAAUUCCCUAAACAUUUGUCCGCAGAUGCUCGUGAAUUUGUUUCUAGACAUUUUUAA